AUGGCCAAUCGCACGGUAUCCGAUGCCAUUGCUGUCCAUGGCAAAGAUCCCCAGCAUCUGGUGGAAAAGAUUAUUCGUGAGCGCAUCUACGAUUCGCUAUACUGGAAGGAACACUGUUUUGGCUUAUCAUCUGCGACACUUAUGGAUAAGGCUGUCAAGUUGACAUACAUUGGUGGGCAAUACGCUGGUCAGCAUCCAACCGAAUUUUUAUGCUUGACGCUCAAAAUGUUGCAGUUGCAACCCGAGAAGGAGAUCGUUCACGAGCUUAUCAAACAAGAGGAUUUCAAAUAUCUACGAGCAUUGGGUGCGUUCUAUCUACGAUUGGUGGGUCGAUCCAAAGAAGUAUACCUGGCUUUGGAGCCAUUAUUAAAUGAUCCUCGGAAAUUGCGUGUGAGACAAGGCGACGGCUAUUCAUUGACAUACAUGGAUGAAUUUGUGGAUCAACUACUACACGAGGAACGCGUAUGCGAUGUCAUUUUACCACGUCUUGUCAGUCGAUACAUUAUGGAAGAAAACGACGAAUUGGAACCAAGAAAGAGUGGAUUGGAAGAGGAUCUCGAAAGUGAUCAAGGAUCAGGAUCGGAUAAUGACGACAAUGAUGAUGAUGAAAAGCGCGGUCGUCGACGUUCAAGAAGCCCUAGCUCAAGCCGCAGUCGUAGUCGUAGUCGUAGCAGCAGCAGUAGCCGAAGCCGUAGUCGUAGUCGCGAUCGUAGGAGACGUUAUCGUAGUAGAAGCAGGAGUUCUAGCCGUGAUCGUACAAGACGUUAUCGAAGUCGAAGCAGAAGCCGAGAUCGAGGAAGACGAAGAAGAAGAAGCUAUAGCAGUGAUAGUAGAAGCAGGAGCCGUGAUAGCAGACGUUGA